GGGCGGGUCAUCAAGGCGGGACUUCCUCUCGGAGUGUUCAUCCUCUUUCUCCGGAAGACCUGAGCAGCGAUCUAUCCUGUGUUCCAAGGAGACUGAAGCCCUUUUCCCCAGGUGAAACCUGCGUUCAGCGACCCGACCCGACCCCGGCCUGCAGAAGAUGGCUGACCCUUGGCAAGAAUGCAUGGAUUUUGCAGUAACCCUCGCAAGACAAGCUGGAGAGGUGGUUUGUGAAGCUCUGAAAAAUGAAGUGAAUGUAAUGAUUAAAAGUUCUCCAGCGGAUUUGGUAACUGUUACUGAUCAGAAAGUUGAAAAAAUGCUUCUCUCUUCCAUAAAGGAAAAGUAUCCAUCACACAGUUUCAUUGGCGAGGAAUCUGUGGCAGCUGGGGAAAAAAGUCACUUAACUGACAGUCCCACAUGGAUCAUUGACCCUAUCGAUGGAACAACUAACUUUGUACACAGAUUUCCUUUUGUAGCGGUUUCCAUUGGCUUUGUUGUAAAUAAAAAGAUGGAAUUUGGAGUUGUAUACAGUUGUGUGGAAGAUAAGAUGUAUACUGGCAGGAAAGGAAAAGGUGCCUUUUGUAACGGUCAGAAAUUACAGGUUUCACAGCAGGAAGAUAUUACCAAAUCACUCUUAGUGACAGAACUGGGCUCUUCCCGGAAACCAGAGACUAUCAGAACUGUUCUUUCUAAUAUGGAAAAGCUUCUUUGCAUUCCCAUUCAUGGGAUCCGUGGUGUUGGAACGGCAGCUGUAAACAUGUGCCUUGUGGCAACUGGAGCUGCAGAUGCAUAUUAUGAAAUGGGGAUUCACUGCUGGGAUAUGGCAGGGGCUGGCAUUAUUGUUACUGAAGCUGGUGGAGUACUAAUGGAUGUAACAGGUGGACCAUUUGAUUUGAUGUCACGAAGAAUAAUUGCUGCAAAUAAUAAAACUAUAGCAGAAAGGAUAGCCAAAGAAAUUCAGAUAGUUCCUUUACAAAGAGAUGAUGAAGAUUAAAACAGCAUCAUGUAUUCAACCACAGAUGCUCCUGUCCAGUUUGUCUGAUCCACUGAUGAUCUGUCAGAUAUCAACAUCUGUUUCAGAUUUACUGUGUAAUUGGUUUAAACUGUCUUUGAUGUCCAGAUUAAGAAUCUGCCACUUUUGUAGGUUAUAAAGACUAGUUAGAUAAGAAUAGAUGAACUGUUUCAUUGUCACAAACAUUUUUUUCAUGUAAGAGCGUACUUUGGGAAAAAAAAAUGUACAGGCAGGAUGUGUGAUAGUUAUUACAUUGAGUUUUUAAGUAUUUUGUACCUCAAGUUUUACUUUACUUUUUUUUUUGAAGAAAAACUACAACUUCAUUUAGUUCCCAAAGCCAUAUUUAAUUACAUUUAUAAGAAAAUAGUAUUUCGAGUACUUCUUAAGCCGAGAUUCUUUCUUUGCAAGGAAAUGUGUUUUGUUCAUCACUGUGCAGGUAGCAUCUAACGGUAUCUGUCAAACAGUAGGCAAUCCCAAAAUAAGCAUUGAAAGAAUGGAUUUUUGAAGUUAACAGCUCUUAGUUGGAAGCAGAUAAAUAAUGAACUCGCUGUUCUGUGCUUAACUUUAGGUGCUGGAUGAAGAUAUUGUCUAGUUAUCCUAUAUAUAUUUCAAGUACUGUUCCUUUCAACAUUUCACAUUGCCAUACCAUUUCAGUUGCCAUACCUCCAAAUAUUCCUUACUGUUAGUAAGGAGUCUGCAGUAAAUAUAUUUUCAGAAACACUGUGUUACAAUAUUUGCUUGGAUUUCUUUAAAAUCCCUGUGUAAAAGAGACAAAGCUUUAAGUUCAAUUUUGUUUUAAAGAUAGACCUAUCAAUAUGACUAUACCUAGGAAAAUAGAACCUGAAAAUAGACUGUGUUAAUGAAUUACCUUUUUCUUCCUAAACUCAUUAUUUAAAUUUCACCACCACUGGAUCUGUGCAGUCUGUAGAUAUCCCUUUGUAAUCUUUGGCUUAUGAAGUACAAAAUGUUUCUGGUUCUGAUUCAUAGGUAUUUUUAAAGGAUUAAUUUAUUGCUUAGCCUUGUUCCUUUUUAUGUGAAUUGAUGUUUGUUCCAGGUUCAUGUAAGCCUUGUAUUUUCUAAAAUAUAAAGUGUGCCCACAAAGUUUUCUGGAUUAGGAGGGCUAUGUAUAUCUGAUAUAUUAAAUAUAUAUGAAACUAAGAUUUGAACAUUAAAAUUACUGUAUCUUAACUGUUGGUCAAAUACAGUAGAAACAUCUCAUACUGUGUUACUUUAAUAAGUCCGUCAUGAUUAAAAUUUUAAAGAGUGUAAUUGAUACUUACAUUAUUAAAGUUUAUAUAGUUUUAGAGGUA